GUGAAGCAAGAUGAGCAAGGGAAAAGAAGUGAUAGCAAUGGGGGUUGAAGGCGAAGAUGAUGAUCAGAAUUUAAAAAGAAAGUCAAGAAGUCGUAAUCAAGAAGAAGAUUCAUCAAAGAGGCUGAAGAUGGAACAAGAUCUCAACCGCAGCCCUAAUCAAGAAGAAGAAGAAGAAGAAGUAUUGUUCGAAAAGGAGCUUACAGAAAGGGAUAUAAAGCAGGGGCGGAUGUUCAUCACCGGAAAAGAGCAUAAACGGAGGGUGUUGAAGGCUUUGAGGGAAGAUGAAAUAAAAAAGGCGAGAGAGAAAGAUGGUCUGAGCGUUGCGACGACAGAUGCCAAUGGAGUUGAAUACAAAUUGAUAUUGGAAAUGCAGUGGUCUCGUUAUAUGAUACUCUCACACGAAUUGCAUGCGUUGCUCCACAAAUACAAACUCAAGCCCGGGGAUUCCGUUAAGGGCUUUGCCUCCGCCACUGCUCCCUUCCGUCUGUGUCUCCACUUUAUCCCUAAGAAUCGGAAGAGGAUGAGCAAGGGAAAAGGAAUGGGGGGUGAGAAUGAUGGAAGGAAAAGAAAGGCAAGAAGCCCUAAUCAGCUGCAGAUUCAACAAGACCUGAACCACAGCCCUAAUCAAAUCCAAGAAGAAUUGUUGUUCGAAAAGGAGCUUACAAGAAGGGAUGUGAAGCACUGGGAGCUGACCAUCAGCGGAGCAGAGCAGAAAAAGAGGGUGUUGAGAGCUUUGAGGGAAGAUGAGAAAGAAAAGGCGAGAGGAGAAGAUGGUCUGCGCGUUGCGACGACACUAGAUGCAGAUGGAGUUGAAUACACAUUGAUUUUGAGAAUUGCUCAUUUUAUGACUCUCUCACACCAAUGGAAUAACAUCACCCGCAAAUACAAACCCAAGGCUGGGGAUUCACUUCAGGCCUUUGCCUCCCGCCACGCCGCCGAUCAUCACCUCCGUUUGCAUCUCCACUUUAUCACUAACUAAAUCUUGUUCCCCAAUAUCAAUAUAAUGCAUCUUUAAUUAUUCAUUUUCUUUUGUCUUUAAUAAAAACUUCCUAUU